CUAGCACCAGUAUCCCGUGCAUUUCGUUCCGCGUAUAGUUGAAAUUGUUUCCCGUGUUCUACGUGUAUUCUAUCCACCAAUCAAUCAGUGCAUAUAUCCUCCUAUCCAGCAUCUGUGAAAAUGAGUGAAAAUGCGUUCUAAUACGCUGAAUAUAUUGUGUUUGCUGGUGUUGUGCGUUUUUUUCCUGGAGCUGGAAGCAUCUUCAGAUGAACGGGAAGAACGGGCAGUGAUCACAAGGCAGGAGAACGGCAACCUGCUCCUGAAGGCAGCCCCAGAUCAGAAUGUGACUUUUCGACUUAUGGGCGAGGCUGCCACGGUGAUGGUCAACGAUGUGGAUGUGCUUCCGCUUCUCCAGCGACGCCUACAGGUGGUCACUGCUCGACAGGUUGCGGCCCGACGUGAGCCAUUGUCGGUGGACGUGCAGAAGGACCAGUUCCGUGUGGUACAGCGCAGUCUCACUCGAUUGGAAAAGCGCUUCUUCAACAUGCGUAACAACACGCGGCGUAGCGGGCUUAACCAGCGGGUCCUGCGCCGGCAACUACAGCGGAUAGAGCGUGUCUCGACUACGCUGGCGAGAAUACAAGUCUUUCUGGCCAAGGACGAGUGCCAGUCGAGCCCAUGUCAGAACGGAGGUACCUGCUACGACGAAUACAAGGCCUUCCAAUGUGAUUGUGCUGCUGGCUGGCAAGGCCCCACCUGCGAGGAUGAUGUUAACGAAUGCUUCGAUUUGGCUGGAACCGAUCUGGCUGCCUGCGUGAACAAUGGCCGAUGCAUAAACACGCCUGGAAGUUUUCGUUGCGUUUGCCGCAAUGGAUACUCUGGCACCCAUUGCCGACUGCGCCAGAAUAAAUGCCUUGCCGGCGAUUCGAGCGAAAUGUGCGGAGAACAUGGCACGUGCGUUCACUCGGUCAGCUCCCCCGCCGGCUACGUGUGUGUCUGUGAUCAGGGCUGGACCUGGGCCGACACUAAUGUCACGACAGCUAGCGCUAGCCCCUGCACCCGUGACGUGGAUGAGUGCGCGCCCAGCGUGAAUCCCUGCCACAACGAGUGCAUCAAUCUGCCAGGCAGCUAUCGAUGUGGCUCCUGUCCGCCGGGCUACACCGGAGACGGCCGGUUCUGCCGCGACAUAGACGAGUGCACCGUGACAAACGGCGGCUGCAGCCUGCAACCGCAUGUAACCUGCAUCAAUACCGAGGGCUCCCAUUUGUGUGGCCGUUGUCCAGUGGGCUGGACAGGCGACGGAAGCAGCUGCAUGGCUACCGAGUCGAACUCAUGUGAUGGCGAACGAAUUUGUCAUGCAGAGGCGAAAUGCGAGUACAUCUCUGGCACGGUCGUCUGUACCUGUCCACUGGGCAGCUACGGUCACGGCUACGGCGCGGACGGAUGCACAAAAGACUCCACCCGCGACACAUGCUACCAGCAUCUGUGCCAGAACAACGCCACCUGCGUCCACAUUGGACGCGGCAGCACAUGCAUUUGCCAGCCGGGAUACAAAGGAGUCUUGUGCAACGAAACGGAUUCGGACGCCUGCCACCCCAGUCCUUGUCUGAACGGCGGCACCUGUCGUCUUCUGCCGGGCGAGCAGUACCAAUGCAACUGUCCCGCCGGCUACACUGGCACGCGUUGCUCCAACCAGCGCUUUUACUGCGGAUCCACUCUGCGAGGACCCACGGGCCAGCUCCAUUUUCCACCCAACAGCGCUGACGGUGACUACCAGCCCGACGAGCGGUGUCCCUUCAUCAUACGCACGCCUCCAGGUCAUGUGCUCAACAUAACCUUCACACAAUUCGAUCUGCAGGAAAGCACCGACUGUUCCGCCGACUUCCUACAGUUGCACGACGGUCCAUCGUUGGCGUACAAGCUCAUCGGCAGAUUCUGCGGCAGUCAGCUGGGCAACAAAAGCAUUGUCUCCACCCAGGAGCAGGUGUUCUUUUGGUUCCGCUCCGACAAUGCUACGCAAGGGAGCGGCUUUCACCUCGUCUGGAGCUCCCUACCCUUCUCCUGUGGCGACACGUUGGCCAAGCUGACAUUAGGCCAGACUGGCAUACUGCGCUCCCCCGGCUAUCCUGGCAAGGCGCGAGCCGGCCUAGACUGUCGCUGGCAGCUGACAGCCCCCUACGGCACUCGUCUGCUGUUGCGGUUCUACGACAUAACGCUGGGCAUUGGCGGAGCAUCUGCUGACCCUUACUGUAGCCAGGGACUGAACGGCAGCUACCUGACCGUGUACGACUCUGAUCGGGAAAUGCUGAAGAGCUGCGCGUCGUCACAGCCGGCACCGCUUUACAGCUCAUCCAACAGCCUGCAGAUCGACCUCCACACGGCUGCGCUGCGCGCCGACAGCUCAUUCCAGCUGCACUACGAGGUGGUGCCCGGCCAGCCGGGCUGCGGUGGCCACUACAUGGAGUCGCACGGCCGUAUCAGUGGCCACAUUGAUGCAGAGGUUUGCCUAUAUCUAAUCGAGCAGCCAAGUGGUACACAAAUCAAGCUGGAAUUCGAACACGUUAACCUGCUGCUCUCCGGGGAUUGUCGAUUGCAGAAGAUCGAGAUCUUCAACGGACGUACCGAUGAGUCGCCCCUGAUGCGACGUCUCUGCGGACAGCCCGAGGCCAGCGAACUUGAGCCGCUGAUCUCCAGCGGCAACGUAGUGCUCGUGCGCUACGAAUAUGCCCUGAAUGGGCUGAAGCUGGAAAAGAGCUUCGAGCUGAGCUACAGCAGAGUGUGCAGUGGAAAUUUCGGAGGCAUUUUGGGCACCAUCAGAACGCCCAACUAUCCGCACUCCUAUCUGGAUGAUAUGACCUGCACAUACAAGAUAGUUGGGCCAUUGAACACGCUCGUGAAGCUUAUCAUCAAAGACCUAUCGCUAGGCGCCGACUCGAAUGCCACUGAUGAUGGAAAUCAAACCAAUUAUUUAGACGUUUAUCUGUCGAGAGAUGAGAAGCGCCGCAUACACAAGACGGUUGGAGAUCUCGUGCUGAUGGCACAUACCAACCAGGCGACAAUGGUAUUCCAUGGAUCCAGCAGUGGCCGUGGCUUGGUUGUUGACUACAGCUUUUCAUAUACGGGCUGCGGAGGUUAUUGGACUCAAACAGACAGGAAGCGUGUAUUGGCACAUAUCACAGAGCCCUUCUGUCAGUGGAUAUUCGAUGAGCCGGGCCGGAAAUUAAUCAGCGUAUUCCAGAUUCUCGAGAACGAGAACGGGCAAUUUUCCGUGUAUGAUAAUAGCACCAAUCCUGGAUUGCUUCUAAACAGCUAUGAAUCGAAUUUUGAGGAAACCUUUGAUGCUGAUCCCUUGACCUUGGUCUUUAGAAAAGAACGGCCCAUGACAUUAGUGAUGAUCACUUACAAACAUGUGGAAAGUGAUUGCAAAGUGCGUUCCACUCAACGCUACGGCGUAAUCAAGUCACCGAACUGGCCGCGACCAUAUGGCGCAUCGCAGAACUGUGAAUGGAUCAUUCGAGCACCGCUCGGCCAGCGCCUUGAGCUGGUUGUCUCGAACUUCAGUCUGGAGGUUAUGGGCCGUGAGUGCCACAGCGACUAUUUGGAGAUCAGGAAUGGCGACUCGGCCCAGUCUCCACUGAUUGGCAGAUACUGUGGCACACAGAUACCCCCCCGAUUGCCCUCGUUUGGCAACGCGCUGUUCGUUAGCUUCAGCUCUGACAGCAGCGUGGAGGAGAGUGGAUUCCUACUCAACUGGCAGCAGGUUGGCGAAGGAUGUGGCGGCAAGCUCAACUCUCCGAAGGGAUCCAUACACUCGCCGCACUCAAUGGCAGGAAACCUUGGCGCCUUGGCCUGUGACUGGCAGAUUGUUGUGGCCGAGGGCUCGCAGGUAACACUGCAGAUCGAGAGCCGCGAAGAUAACCUAUGCAGCGGACAUCUAACCAUUUUUGAUGGACCCACCACGAGCAGUCGUGCACUGCCACUGCGCUGCAAUGAGACAAGCAGUUUUGUGCUCAACUCCAGCACUAAUCGCGUGCUCGUGCGCUACGAUGUGGGUGACGAGUCGCCCGACGGCACCAGCUUUGUGCUGAACUAUGCAACGGACUGCAGGGUGCGCCUGGAGAACCUCCAGGGGGCCAUUGAGUCGCCCAACUUCCCGGAUAACUAUCCGCCCUUCAUGUCCUGUGAGUGGGAUAUACGCGCCGACGGUAGGCGGAAUCACAUCCAUCUGGUCUUUUCGCAUCUCUCGGUGGAGCAGUACGAGCCUGGUAGCUGUGACUUUGACUAUGUGAUGCUCAGUGACAUGAAGGACGACCAGCUGCUGGAGGAACGGCGACUAUGCAGCAACGAGGGCGUGGCUCCCAUCACCAGUAAGGGCAAUCGUCUGCUGCUCAAAUUCAGCAGCGACAGCGAGAUGCAGGCACGGGGCUUUCGCGCCGAGUACAAGCGCAUUGGCUGCGGUGAACAUCUCCAGGAAUUGGGUGGUACCUUUGGCUCGCCCAAUGCCCCAUUCAGCGUCGAUCUGUCCUGCGAUUGGGUCAUCAGUGCGCCGGAGGGCAAGCAAAUACGAUUGCUGCUGCAGGAGCUGUAUAUCGAUCCGCCCCAGCGAGAGUGCCUCCAGGAUUUGAUAACAGUCUCUACGCCGGAUGGCCGCGUGCUCUACCGCAGCUGUCAGUCGGAGACCUCCACGCAGACAUUCACCUCGCCGGGCAACGUACUGCACGUGCGCUUCCAGAGCAGCGCAUCGGUGGCAAGGAAAUAUUUCAAGGCCACGUACGCCCAAGUACCAGCCAGUUGCGGCGGCUCUGUGCGUGCCAGCAGUGGGGUCAUUGCCUCGCCAGGCUUCUAUGAUGCCAACACAAUCGAGGAGGGUCUCGCUCCCCUCAACUACUCCUCGGAGGUGGAUUGCCUUUGGAUAGUGGAGGUACCGGAAAGCUAUGGCAUCCGGUUGCGAUUCGAGCAGUUCAACCUCACCAGUUCUGCCAAUUGCUCGGACUCCUUUGUGGAACUGACCAAGGUGGAUGCGGACAAUGCGGAGAUUUUCCUGGAGCGGGCCUGUGGCGAGCAGCAGCCACUGAUACGCCUGGUCCACGGCCAGCGAGUGCGAGUGCAGUUCAGGGCGCAGCCGGGAAGCUGGGGCAGAUUUGCCCUUCACUUUGAGCGCCAAUGCGGCGGCACGCUGUCGGCCGGCGUGGGCUAUCUGAGGUCGCGACUGGACGAGGACUGCAACUGGCUGGUGGUGGCGCCGGAGGGCACCAAGCUGAGCCUGAGCAUCAACCAGCUGGAGUGUCCCGGUUGCCCCAAAACUGCAGCGAAGAACUGCACGACCAGGGAGGGACUGCAGCUGCUCAACGACGAUGACCAGGUGGUGCUCUACAGCCUGUGCAACGAGCAUCCGGCCAAUCUGGUGGUGCCUGCCAGCAAUGUCCGUGUCCUGGCCAAUGGGAUCGCUCUGGUGGCGCAGUUCAGCAGCCUGGAGAACACUUGCGGCGGCAAUAUCAGCUCCGUCCGCGGCAGCCUGAGCUCUCCCAACUAUCCGGACAGCUAUCCGGCGAACGUUGAGUGCCUGUGGCGCAUCGGCGUUAAUGCCGGAAACUCCCUGGCGGUCACAUUCGAUUCACUGAACAUUGUGCCCUCCGAGCACUGCAACGAGGACUUUCUCGAGCUGCGUGCAGGCGUCGACGAACGUCUGCUGGGGCUCUACUGCGACCGCAAGAUGCCCGAACAGCCGCUGGUUAUACAAUCGCAGCUGUGGAUCAAAUUCCGCAGCGUGCCCGGCAACAGCGCCGACGGUUUCAAGCUGCACUGGAGCUACGUGCACGACAAUGAAAUCAAGUGGGAGACCAAUGGUACGAUCGAGUCGCCGCCCAUCCUCGCAGUGCGCGCUGACGAGCAGCCCUUCAGUUGGCGCAUUUUUGUGAGGCGCAAUGUGGUUGUGGCCCUGAACUUUGAGGAGUACAUAGGUGGCCUACAGCUGUUCGAUGGCUUCGAUGACUCGGCGUUGGAGGUGAGCAUUGAAGCCUCGCCCUGGCAGUUCAUCUCCAGCAGCAAUGUUCUCUAUUUGAGGACACUCAACACAGACUUUAAUGCAUUCCGAUUGAAGUGGCGUGUGCUCAGCAGUGACCUGGUUAAGGGCAACAGAACCGUGCAGAACGACGAGUGCAACAAGGAGUUUACGGUGUCCGCCAGUGCGCGUUUGAUGGUGAAAUCCCCUGGUUACCCGAACGGCUAUGCGCCCAACCUGAACUGCCAGUGGACUGUCAGGGCCGAGGAUCCCACCCAGCAUACCUACGCGGACCUCUAUGAGGUCGAUCUGGAGGUGUACACCGAUUGCUUGGUCGACUACCUGAACAUCCAGAGCUCCAGCGAUCUGAGCCACUGGACCAAUGAGCUGCGCAUCUGCAAUGGCAGCAAGGGCGGGCCACUCAUCCAGCGAUUGCAUGGCACUCCGCAUCUGAGGCUGCAGUUCAAGAGCGAUGCAUCCAUCAAUGGACGCGGCUUCAGGGCCAUUGUGCGUGCGACAUGUGGCUCGAAUAUGACGGCUCCCGUGGCUACCAUUUUGGACGCACAAAUACGAGCCGGGCUGGCCAUGGGCAGGAAUUGCGAGUGGCACAUCGAAGUGCGACCGGGCCGAAAAAUAGAGAUUAGCAUAGCCUAUGCCGCCCGCACAGCCGUCAACGUUACGUGCCCCGUCUACGGACUCAUCUACGAUGGCCUGGACGACAGGUCGCCCUUCUUUCAGGACGGCAAGUUCUGCAACCAGAUGAGCUUGGACAAAGGCUCGUAUCGCACCAGCGGCUCCCAUGCGUACAUCAAAUACGUGGUGCCGCCGCGAUCAAUCAAUCCGGAGCACAACUACUGGAACCUCACGUACCGUGAGUACAGCGAAUGCGACGGCGAGAUCCAGCUGACACGACUGGCCAGCACGUACAGCAUUACGACGCCGGGCUAUCCCUAUCUGCCGCAUCCCCAUGCGGAGUGCACUUGGCUGGUGCUGGCGCCGCCCGGCGAGGUCAUUGCGGCCACCUUCGACGACCGUUUAUUCGAUCUGAGUCUGCGCCAAUGCGAGAAGGAGACCGUGGAGCUCUUCGAUGGCUCCACCACACUGGCGCGCAGACUCCUACACACCUGCCGACGGCCCCCAACGACGUUGCGCAGCUCAGGCAAUGUUCUCAUGGUGCACUAUCAGACGCAACUAGACGAGCCGCACGCCGGCUUUCGGCUGAACGUAUCGCUGAGUGCCUGUGGCGGUCUGUCCACUGCCGCCAUGGGAUUCAUCAGCUCCGUGAAUUAUCCGGCCCUGGGCGGCUACCCGAAACCGGCUGUCUGCGAGUACAGCAUCAAGCUGCCGCGUGGUUCGUACAUCCGGCUCAACAUCAGCGAUCUGCAUCUGCCGUACAGCCCGGAGAAGGGGCAGAACAACAGCGAUCGACUCGAAUUCGUGGACCUAGCCGAUGUGUCUGGUCAGCAGACCCCUCUACUGGUACUGGACGGCGGAUCCCACCCACCGGACGUGACCCUCAACAUCAACGAGUUGGGAAUCCGCUUCAUAGCGGUCAGCAAUGUGAACAGCUAUCGCGGCUUCAAGAUUCGCUACGACCGGAUAACCGGCACAUGCUCCCGCGAGAUGAAUGCCGCCUCUGGCACUCUUGAGAUUCCAGCCAAUGCGCCGUCCGCUCAGUCCUCCUGGCUGAGAGUCUGCCGCUGGAAAAUCACUGUGCCCAAAGGCCAGACCGUACGUCUCGAGUUCCUCAAUCUAGCCGAUAUACGUGUGGUCAUUCGUAAUGAAACUAGGGGCUGGAGGAGGAGUGAGAUUCAACCGCAGUUUGCAUUCUACAACGAUUUCAAUCAGCUCACAAAGAUCACCGAUUUCCGGAUUGAUGCAUACAAUGGCAGCGGCAUCAUCGAGUCCAGCGACAACAUAAUGCUGGUCAGCAUCAUCACUACCCAACUGGAUCUGACCACCAUACCGCUGCGUGCCCGCUACAGCUCCAGCCAACCGUCACAGUGCCCGCCAGACAUUGGAGACCAGUCAGCCGGUGCUCUCUCCAUCCAAAGUCUCAGCCAGCUGCCUGUCUACUACUGCACCAUCAACUAUGCGGGCCUCAGCGGAUCCACACUCACCUUCAGAGUGGUGGAGUAUGUGUACUGGAGCCGUGCCGGUCCCUCGGUAGUGUUCAGAGACGAAGGCUUCCGCUUUGUCAAUUACAUGUCCACGAAUGUCACCAAUACCUACGUCUCAAUGCCAUCCACGCCCGGACGAAUCUCCCUGAGCCAGAGCAAAAAUGUCAAACUGAGGCGCUUUCGGGCCACCUAUCGCCGCCACAACUGUGGCGGUCAACUGCAGGUAGACGAAGGCCUCACCAUAGAGUCACCGCAGCUAAUGGCAACCAUCGGCGAGGAGUAUGGGGCGCUGGAGUGCGUGUGGACGCUGGAGGGCAGCAGUGGCUAUGCGCUCGAGGGAAACGUGAGCCUCAGCGAUAGCUGCGACCGCGAGUACAUUGUGAUCUUUGCGGGUCGCGCACUGUUGGGGCGCCUCUGCCGCGGCAUGACGAUGAACAGCACGCGGCUGGGUAAGGUCCAGUCCAAGGUGGUUUACCAUACAGAACAGCACCGACCUGGUCGCAGUUGGUUCCGGCUGGAGACCAAGCGACGAGCAAACCCUUUGCCAGGGAGUGUGAUACGCGUCGACCAGAGGACCACGGCGCCCAUAACGAUCAAUGGGACGGACUACAAGAACAACAUGGAGCUCAUAUGGGAGUUUAGCACCAAUACGGAACUGUCCCUCUUGCUGAAGUUCCAAGGGCGGUUCUUCAUUGAAACGUCCCCGAACUGCACCAAUGAUCGGCUGAGUGUGCAGCAGAGCAAUGACAGCCAGGAGCCGGCGGCAGUUUGGACCGAGGUGGCCAACCUAUGCGGCCGACAGCUGCCUACACCACUGAAAGUUGAGGCGUUCCGCAUGCGAGUGGUAUUUCGCACCAAUGGCAACGUCACCGGCGACGGCUUCAGCUUUACAGUCUCCCCCAGUUGCGACGUCACAGUGCGUGCCUCCGCGGAGCUGCAGACCCGUCGCAAUCCCAGCUGGCAGGCAUCGUUCAGUUUGCUGCUCAACUGCAGCUACGUGAUCCUAACGGACAGCCAGGAGCAGUUGGUGGCCAGCGUGACAAGUGUGGGGCGCCGCCCUUGGACUGCAUACGCCUGCAACAGGUCCUUCUUUAAGGUCUACAGCCCAGGCUCGAGCUACAGCUCCAGCUCUGGGGAAGAGGAGCAGUCCGGGGAGAAGUUCUGCCCGGACUUCGAGGUAAAUGGCUACAAGGAGCUCCGUCUGCAGUACAUUUCGCCCACAUUGCGACAGUUUAAGCUGGAGUACCAGCUGCUGGGCUGCGGCGGAAACUACAGCGCACCCUUCUCUCUGCGUCCGCCGCAGCUCGAUGGGGAUGUGCGGUCGUAUGCCCACAAUAGGCACUGCGAAUGGCGUGUGACGGCGCCACCCCAGCACGCCAUCGUUCUGGUGUUCAAGUACUUUGAUCUGGAGGAGAGCCGGAACUGUCGAUACGAUUACCUGGCGGUCUACAAGGGCGGCAGCAUGGUGCCGAACAUUGAACAGCGCGUGGCCCGUCUGUGCGGUAACUUGACCACGCAGCCACCUACCAUUAUGGUGGACAGCAACGAGGCGCUAAUUGUCUCCCACUCGGAUGGAUCGAACAGUUUUCGGGGCUUCCUGGCCGCUGUGCGAUUCACCCCCAACUGUAACGAGCGCAUUGCUCUGGACGCUGAUCUGCCCCGGAUGAGCCUCAUGCGUAACUACAAGGUGACUGCCUCCGAGCAGCUGCUGUGCAUGUUCAAGGCCAGCGCCCCGCCUGGACAUCGGCUGUCCGUGCAGCUGAGACAGUUCCAGCCGUCUGGUUCCUAUCUGGGCUCCUACCUGGAGAUUAUUGACAGCGCCGCCGCUCAGAGCCAAAGCCUCGGCAAGUACUAUGACCUGGCCGGCAAUCGUACAAAGCUCUUCAGCUCCUAUUCAGACCUGGCGAUCAAGCUGAGCGGCACCUCCAACGAGGCGCAAAACGUGAGCUUCGAAUUGAUUCUGCAAAUGGAACGUACAAUCUGUGGAGAGACCGAAUAUCAACUGCGUUCAAACGAGAGCAUCAAACUGGCCAUCCCAGGGGACAACAGCACGAGGAAAAGCGUUGAGGGAAGCGUUCACUGCACUUGGACGAUUCAAUCAGCGGUGCAGACGGAAGUCGAGAUACGGUGGCUCAAUUUAAGGGAAGUGUCCCAGCUGACGGGUAAAUGCGUGGACUACCUGCUUAUAUCCGAAACGUGGACGCCGCACUAUUUAUGCGGCCAGUUGAACAAUACCUUCAAGAGAUUGUCGUCGCCUGAUAACUCGAAUUUCCAACUAACAUUCCAUAGCGAAGAGCUGACAGACUCCACUGGGUUUGAAGUGAUAGUCAGGCAGAAUAAACCUUGUGGUCGCAACUAUACGCAGCUGAGCGAAUCCAUCCAAGACUACGGUUUGGCCAACUGCAGCGUGGACAUUCGAGUGCCCGAUGGCUACAGUGUGACUCUGAACCUGCUGUUUCUGUUAUUCGAUAUGGAGUCUAGCCUAAAGUAUCUGAACAUAAGCGACCUGAACACCAAUAGGCCAGUCCUCCACGCGACCAGAUUCUUGUCGAGCCCCACAUUGAGAUUCACGACGUCCAAUCAGCUUCGCAUUGCGAGCGCGGGCGUUGCUUCUCUGCGAUUGUUCUACUACUCCACCAGUAACGAAUUUCCCAACGGCUGUGGUGGCGACAUCUCUUUGGGCGAUGACUUUGGCAACUUGGCCAAUCCCCCCUACGACAAUCGGAAUCACUCGCUGUGCACUUGGCGUAUAUCAGUGCCAGCAGGCAGCAUCCUGAGGAUCAGUUUCACGGACUUCAACAUGGGCACGGAGACCAAUUGUAAUCUGGAUAAUAUUAAAUUCUACAAGGUUUUGCCGGAUGCAAGCGAGGGACUAGUGCAAACACUCUGUGGAUCUACCAUGCCCGACGACUUUGACGUGAAUAGCAAUCGUGCAGUUGUCGUUGCAAAGAAGUCACCCAAUUUUGAUGGACUUGGAUUCCAGUUCUCAUUUACCCGUAAAAAUGGCAGCUAGACAAAGCAACUAAUCGAUGAGACAUUUUAGAAUUUAUAAAUAUGUACAAUAAUAUAUUACGUCUUAAGUCUCUUCAGUAUUUCUUAAAAAAAAACAAAUCCUUAAUGUCUAAUCUGUCUAUUAAUCAUAGUUUCUAU